AUGAACCAAUUAGAUAAAGAAACAUUAGAGAGAAUUCAAGAAACUAUAGGAGAUGGAAUGAGUUCAGUAAUGAGAGAAUAUGCUAUAUGGCUAAGAAUGAAUGAAUUAAACACAGAGUCAGAUAAGUUAAAAAAACAAAUCCAAACAAACCACUUUACAACUAUGCUUAAAGCUGAAUUAAUAGAACGUUAUAGAGCAAGUAAUACUAUUAGAGUAAAAUUAAAACCACUGGAAGUAUCAUUCCAAGAAGAAACUAAAGAAGUAAGAUUACCUCCUAUUAUGUUACAAGAAAAACAAAAUAAAAGUAAUGGAAUAAAGAAAAAAUCUAAAAGAAGUAUAAAUGGGAAUGAGGUUGAAGAAAAAAAAGCAACACGUAGAAAGAAAAAUGUUAAAGCAAGAUUAAUAUGUGAAAGUGAUGAAGAUAAAAUUGCAGAUCUUGAUAGUAAAAGUAUUGUUAAUUCAAGAUAUUGUUUAGGAAGAGCAAAAAUUAAAAAUGGUGAUGACCAUUUCAUUUAUUUAAAUAAAUUCACAGAAAAUAGAUCUAUUUCUCAUAUACAUGGAUAUAUUAACUAUAAUAAAGAUGCUGGAUUAUUUGUUUUUAUGAAUGCUGGAAGAAAUGGAAGUAUUGUUAAUGGAAAAACAUUAUUUAAUAAUGAUCAAGAAGUUUUGACGAAUAAUUCUAUUAUUGAGAUGGGUGGAUUUAAAGUUAGAAUUAUUUAUUUAACUUAUUGA